GUGAGUCGAGCGUGCGGAUGAUGCGUACGUUUACUCCGAGAAGACGUGAAAGUACUGUAUUAUUAUGCUGUGGAUAGAGGAACCGUUCGUUAGUUUAACGUGAAAUAUUUAACAGCAAAAUAAUAAUUAGUGGUGCUACAGACGAAUGUUACGAAAUUUCGUAACAUAAUUAAAAAAAAAAAAAAAAAUUACAAAAUAAAAAGAUUAAUUACAAGUUUUAAAAGAGGUGUUUAGGUGUUGUGUAAAGUUGUAGGUGUAAAACUGAGAAAAAGUUUUUAAAAUGAUCCAGUGUAGACUUUUGUGAUAAAAGUGCUACUAUUUUUUUUUUUUUUUCAAAGUUCAUCUGUUGGUUUCGUACUGGCCGGAUUAUUAAAAUGGCUGUGAAAUGCGGAUGGAUUCCAAGGAUGUAUGUGAUUGUGGUGGGUUUGUUAUGUCUGUUUGGGAUGACUUUUGAAGGUGCGCUGGCUUCGUGCCACUGGUCAUCCGACGGCAACGAUACAAGAUCUGUUGUGUGUACUUUGAAGACUUUAGAUCCAUCCGGAGUAGCAGCUUUACUUCCACCUCUCGAUGGUGCAUUCAAGCUGCGUCUCAGUUGCAGUAACGUCCAUCAUUUUGAGAGUAUUAUCACUGGGGAGAGUUGGCAUCGUUUAAGCGGUUUACAUGAGCUUUACAUUGAUGGAUGUAAAAUUUUGAGAAUUCCAGAAGCAGCUUUCCAACCAUUGAAUGAGCUCAAGCGCCUUACCAUACGUACAUUAAAUGCCGAAUGGGGUACAAUGCGCACGUUAGAACUAACUGCGGAGGCCCUUGCUGGCCUAAGGGAGCUUCAAACACUUGAAAUAGUCGAUAGCAAUCUCAGGGUACUGCCGAGAAACGUUCUAUGCGGUCUUAACAAUCUUCAAAUUCUGAACCUGACGGGGAAUCAAUUCCGAGAGAUAAGCGAGGUCGGGUUGGCUGAUGUGCGAGCCAAUCGUGCCGAUUGUCACGCAGAUAUCCGAGCGCUGGAUCUCUCUCACAAUGAGAUAAGGAAUUUACCGGAAGAUAGUCCACUCUCAGGGUUGAGACAACUUCAAGAGCUUUAUCUCCAGCACAAUUCAGUGGCUGAAAUAGCUAGUGAUGCACUCACUGGACUCACUAGUCUUCGUGUGUUUAAUGUCAGCUACAAUAAACUGGACACACUGCCAGAAGCUCUAUUUGCAAGCACUCGAGAUCUCAGGGAGAUACACUUACAACACAAUGAACUACGAAAUUUACCCCGAGGCACGUUUACACGACUAGAACAACUUUUAGUUCUAAAUUUGGCUGGAAAUCGCUUGGGAAGUGACACAGUUGACGAUAUGACUUUUCUUGGAUUAAUAAGACUGAUUGUUCUCGACCUUUCAUAUAAUACUUUGACCCGUAUUGAUGCAAGAAUGUUUAAAGAUUUAUUUUUUCUUCAAAUUCUUGAUCUUCGUAAUAAUUCAAUCUCUCACAUUGAGAGCAACGCCUUUUUACCGCUUUACAACCUUCAUACUUUGGAAUUGUCUGAGAACAAUUUGCACUCACUGGGACCUCAACUUUUCAAUGGAUUAUUCGUUCUCAAUCGUCUAACGCUCUCCGGGAAUAUGAUCGCUUCAGUGGACCCUCUAGUAUUCCGGAAUUGUUCAGACUUGAAAGAACUCGACCUGAGUGGGAACCAGCUCACUGCAAUCCCAGAAGCCCUUCGUGAUUUAACCUUCUUAAAAACUCUAGAUCUUGGUGAGAACAAGAUAACAGAAUUCCACAAUGGGUCUUUUAAAAAUCUUAAUCAACUGACAGGACUACGUUUGAUCGGUAACGAGAUUGGAAAUCUUACGAGUGGAAUGCUGUGGGACUUACCAAACUUACAAAUCUUAAAUCUAGCAAGAAAUAAGGUUCAACACAUUGCGCGAGAUGCUUUCGAACGUAAUACAAGACUUGAGGCAAUUCGUCUUGAUGGGAAUUUCCUCUCCGACAUAAACGGGAUAUUUGCCAGCAUUGCAAGUCUUCUCCUGCUUAAUCUCUCGGAGAAUCAUAUCGAGUGGUUCGAUUAUGCUUUCAUCCCAAGUAACUUGAAGUGGUUAGAUAUACAUGGAAAUUUUAUUGAAAGCCUGAGGAACUAUUAUCAAAUUCGAGAUCUUAAAGUGCGUACUCUUGAUGCAAGUCACAAUCGAAUAAUGCAAUUAACACCACUCUCUGUGCCUGACAGUGUUGAACUACUUUUUAUAAACAACAAUUACAUCACCAAUGUUGAAGCCAACACGUUCACUGAUAAAGUAAAUCUCACGCGUGUUGACAUGUAUGCCAAUAUGAUUGAAUCAAUGGAAUUGGCUGCUCUAAGAUUGACACCUGUACCAGAGGGUAAGUUUCUGCCAGAGUUCUACAUUGGUGGUAAUCCCUUCAAUUGCAACUGCUCGAUGGACUGGCUGCUUGUGAUUAACAACAUGAGUGCUCUCCGACAACAUCCACGAAUUAUGGACCUUGAUAACGCGAUGUGCCGAGUGUCUGGCCCUCGUGGUACAGCUAUCGUUCCUGCUUCAAUGGCGAGACCAGAACAAUUUCUCUGCCGUUAUGAAGCUCAUUGUUUUGCUUUAUGUCAUUGUUGUGAAUUUGAUGCUUGCGAUUGUGAAAUGACAUGUCCGUCAGACUGCAAAUGCUAUCACGAUCAAACAUGGAAUACCAAUGUCGUUGAUUGCUCGGGUCUUGGCACACAAGAUAUACCUCGACGGAUACCAAUGGAUGCCACAGAAGUUUAUCUGGAUGGUAACGAUUUCCGUGAGCUACAAAAUCAUGUAUUUAUUGGUCGUAAAAAUAUGCGUGUACUUUAUGUUAAUGCUAGUGGUAUUGAGUCAAUUCAAAAUCGUACAUUUAACGGCCUAAAUAAUCUACAAAUUCUUCAUUUAGAAGACAAUAAAAUUCACGAGCUCAAGGGAUUCGAAUUUGAGCAUUUAGCACAUUUACGUGAAUUGUAUCUACAGAAUAAUUUAAUAGCAUACAUAGGAAAUCUUACUCUGUUGCCAUUAAGAUCAUUAGAAAUUCUUCGACUGAAUGGAAAUCGCCUGGUCACGUUUCCUGUUUGGCAAGUCACUCUCAAUACACGAUUAGUCGAAUUAUCGCUCGGCGGUAAUCCUUGGUCUUGUCGCUGUAAAUUUCUUCAAGAAUUGUCGUCAUGGGUAUCUGACAAUGCCCAUAAAGUUAUUGAUGCAAGUGACGUAUGGUGUUACAAUAAUGAAGCAAGACCAGCAUAUCGUCGUCGUCUCAAUGUCAAUGAAACAGCAUGCUCGGAUUACUUUGCACAAGGUGGUGUCAUCGAAAGCAUCAUGGUAUCAGAUUAUUUGCCAAUGGUUGCAGCAACACUCUCAGCAGUUUUACUUCUUCUAGUACUCACCGUACUUGCUUUUAUAUUCCGGGAGCCAGUACGCACGUGGGCCUACUCACGUUACGGCGUGAGAUUCUGGGCAAAAUCAACACAAUCUGAAGAUAAAGAACGUCUUUAUGAUGGCUAUUUUUGCUACAGUCCAAAAGAUGAAGAUUUUGUAUUGCAUUCAUUAGCCGUUGAACUUGAACAUGGACCAAGUGGACUCCGGCUGUGCCUUCAUCAUCGAGACCUCCCAUGUCUUCGGGCGGCCGCGCCUGUUGUUCUAGAAGCUGCUGAAGCCUCGAAGCGCGUCAUCAUCGUACUCACGAGAAAUUUCUUACAGACUGAAUGGUCACGUUUCGAGUUCCGUGCGGCUGUGCACGAAGCCCUGAGGGGUCGUCCAGGUCAGCUGGUUGUUGUCCAAGCUGGCCCAGUUGCACCAGAAGCUGAAGCUGAUCCUGAAUUAAGGCCAUAUUUGCGCACCGCAACAACACUGAGAUGGGGUGAAAAACGAUUCUGGGAAAGACUGAGGUUUGCCAUGCCUCCAGGUGAUGCACUCAGGCAUAAAUCCUCGUCUCUAUAUAGACGGAAUGUCAACACCUACACUCUUGAAGGUCGACCAGAAAAGGAAACAUCAACUCUACGAGUUCAUGGGCACAUAGCGGGUCAUCACCAUCCACUCUUCAAGGACGCUCCAGAACUACUUCAAGCGCCUCCAGCCUACUCCAGUACCGCAACUCUUGGUCAGAAUAAUCAAGCUAGACUUGAACCAGGUCCAAGAGACAAUUCAGUCAACUCUGGUGCAAAUCCAAGUCCUAGAUUAACAAUGAAUCGCGCGUAUCAAGAGGGACCGGUGGAUGCUAUAAAUGAGAGUAGACGACCUCUAUCAGAACACAUUUACUCGUCUAUUGAUUCUGAUUAUUCGACUCUAGAGAGAAAUGCUUGGAGACAACAGCAGCCUCCACCACCUGGGCAAGCGUAUCUUGUAUAAUUCUCACGCUGCAGAAGAUUUACUUGAUAGCUAUUCAAGGCACAAGUGAGAUAAAGAUGCUUGUCCAAGACAAACAGCAGGAAGAUGCAAGAGUCAUUGCUUGCAAUUGCCCUCAUGGAAGGACUGCAGUGCGCGCAACAUACUGACUACAAAGAUAUACGAACAAACUCGAAAGCAACACAUACCUUUGCUGUUCAGGCAAGCGUGUUUCAAACGUAUUUUUAGCGAUCAUGAAUUCAGUUCAACGUUAAGCGCAACACUUUGAAAUACACUCGUCGUUACGACGUCUAGUCAAAGGGAAUUGUCUUGACUUGCGACGUCAGAGAUGGGCAAUUUCAUAAUUACACAGAAGAAGAAUAGAGCCAGUGUACCAGUGAAUUCAGUGAAUUGUAAAUGUAAUGGUUGUGUUCUUCAUCAUUUUCUUCCGCUGUAGGUCUUUUGUGAUAUUUUUUAAUUACUUUUGUUCAUUUCACAAGAAUCUAAUCAAUAAGAUAUUACAAAUAGCGAUACAAUGUUUUAGUAUGACAAGAAUGUGCACUCAAAAAGACAUUUCACACAGGAAAUGAAACGUGAUUUAUUUUUUUUUGUUUCAAAAGAACUGACUUAGUUUUUAUUAAAGUCUUGCGAUAAAUUUUUGACGUUUGAAAGCGAUUAUAUUUUUUAUGAGGUUCGCGCAGACGUCUUGAUAUCAGAAAAAAGGAAAAAAUCUUACUCAUUAAAUGUCGUGAUUGUUUUUAGUUUUUUUUUUAUUUUGUAUAACCAGAGAAAUGUGUGUGAGAGAGAGAGAAAGAGGCAAAAAAAAGUAUUUAUGAAUGAAUAUAAAAUACAAUUUUAGUUAUGAUAAUUGACGUUUCCAUUCAAGACAAUAUCUCUUUUAUUCAAUCACAUAUAAUCAAUGUGAUUGAUGAAAAAAAAAAUAAAUAAUAACUUCGAUAGUUUUGUCUUCUGCCCGUCCUAAUACAAAACUAUUUCAGCGUUGCAUUGUAAAAUACCGAUGGCCUACCUCGCCACUGACUUAUUAAUCUUAUUAAAUAUUAUUUACUUAAUUAUUAUGCUUGAAGAAAAUUGUCAUGUAGGGGUUUAAAAAAUUCUUCCCAAACGUGGCACAGCUGUAAAUAUUAAAAAAUAAGAUAUACAUAUAUAAAUAUAUAUAUAUAUAAAGAAGUAUAUUAUAAAUAUAUGAAACAUGUGUAUAAAUAAUAUUAAGAUGUUUAUAUAAAAAUGAAAAAAUUUCAAAAAGUUAGCAUUGCUGAAAAAAAACUAAAUAUGAGAAAUUAGCUAGGCAAUGUUUUGUAAUUUUAUAUGACUGACAGAAAGACAAAGGUUGUUGUAUGAUAUGUAAAUAUGUACGUAAUUACGCCUGAUGUAAGAUAUACUCGCCAUGAAAGAAUUAUUGAAUAAUAAAUGUACAUCCGGAGAAACUUAAAGUAAGCAUCAUACUAUGUACGGCGACACGCGCCCGUACAUUUACCCUUAUAUAAUAAACACAUUGUACAUUUGCUAUAAUUCGAUUAUUUAAAUUAUGUGAAUAAAUUUAUAACUUACGUUAUCGUUUCAAUUUAAA